AUGUCAGGACUGCAGCCAAGGAGCGAGGAUACUAUUAAUGGAGUCGAUGUACGGGAACAGGGUAGCGCAUUAAGAGUGGCGACUAACACUCCGCACCUGGUGAGCCUCGGCACCGGCCGCUUGAGCACUGCUGUCACCUUACAUCCGAUCAAGCAAGGUCGAGUAACAAUCGGCUCGGACCCGACAUGCGACAUCUACGUAGUGGGCACGGGUGUUGCCAGCGUGCAUUGCCGCGUGGAGAAUUCCCACGGCGUGGUCACAUUGUACCCCGUCAGUGGGAGCACGCUGUUGGACGGGCUGCCGGUAGAUAAGGCCACCAGGUUGUCUCAGGGCAGUAUGCUAACGAUUGGUCGGUCCAACUAUCUGCGCUUCAAUCACCCAGAAGAGGCUAAGCUAAUGAAGUCAGUGCUACCGUCGGGACACGUGUCCAUGGCGCCAAUACAGUUUCAACCUAAUGAACAGUGUCUGCCAGCUGGCUACGUCAACCACCAUCCAGAAACAACUCAAUGUUACCAAACCACAAACAUCCAAAAAAUCUACAAAGACACCUCGCUAUCCCAAUUGGACCAAGAAUUAGACAUGACGCUGAGAGAGAUGUCGAGAAUAAAGCCGCCAGUCGCCCCGAAAAAACCCUUCAGAGACUUCGACCAGUCCGACUCAAACUCCGAUCAGGAAUCACGGCCAAAAAUGUCCGGGAUCAUGGCAAAAGUGUCCAAGUUCGAAUACUACGCCAAACAGCAGAAAUGCGUCGGCAGAAGUCAAUUCUACACGACGAACGAAAACGAAAUCUCGCCAAAAGUUUUCAGCGCAAACUCUUUAACAGUGAACACUCCAGCCAAGGACGUACUUGGCGGCAAAGCGAUGCCAAACUACAUGACCAAGUUCAAGCACGAACAGAAAAUGAUCGUACUCAACGAAAACAACAGCAUCGAUGCCAGGAACUGUUCGUACGCGAACGUCGCCGUAAGAAACAAGACUAAAAUAGACGAUAUCGUUAGAAAUUUCGACGACUCUAGAAAUGAAUUCAACAAACUGCCUAAGAAAAUUAAUAAUGAUCAAAUGAAAACUGAGAAUGUUUACGGGAGAAUUAAUAUUAAAGAGACAAAUUGCGACAUGAAAAAUAAUUUGGAGGUAAAACAGAGCAAUUUGGAACACCGAGGUGAAGUUCUAGAACAUUCUAGAGAGCAUGGAAAUGACAGGAUUAAGGGGAUUGGUUUGCCGUCGUCAGCUUAUGACAGGAAUCCACAGUAUUCACCGGUAUACGCAAACUAUCAGUACGAUAGGGGCAUAGAGGCCGAAAAUAUGAGAAAAAAGGCUUACCAGGAUAGAAUAAAAGAAGAGCAGCAGAAAGAAGCCGAAACGGCGCGAUUAGAGGAGAUCCUCAACAUGUGCGCGGAGUAUGAACGGCAAAUUGCCACAGGUAAUCCUAUUACUCCUACGGAAAAGAGGUCACACAAUAAGAUAAUCACGAACGGAUCUCUUCCUCGCAGUGUGGCCCACAACAAUCCAAACAUCAUACAAACCAGUGAAGGAUACUAUAAAUUCGAUACUAGUCACAAUCGAAGUACACCUAUGAAUUCCUUGCAAAGGAAUUUAUCCAGCUACGAAAAUUACGGUCUCCCCCAAUCGCCAACUCAAAUCGACCAAUUAACGCCAGAGGUGACGAUAAGCCAAAACUAUGAAAACGUUGGACGCAUGGACGAAAUAGGUAUACCCGUGUUCUCUGACGAGAUGAGUGAAAUAUCUAGUCCUAUCUUAUUAAGGAAGGAUGGCGAUAGGGUGCAUCUCUCGGCUUCCCCAAUAGGCAGUCCUUACGAAAACGUUUACUACAAAAACAAUGCCUACGGCAACUUCAAGCCAAAAUCGCCCAACACGCAAAGCCCAAGAACGAGAAUAAAGACCAGUCUCGCGCAUAAGAAUCUCACUUCGCCUCAGUAUUUCAUAUUUCCCACACCUCCACCCAAGGACAAUAAUAAACAACCUGAUUUCAGUCAAGAAGUCGCUCUUAGUCCUCAGAAUAAUACCGCUGUAGAUAAAAAUAACACAAAAGAUCCAAAUUGUGUAGGUAUAGAGAAGCAAUUAAGUCUAGAAGAAGAAAUACCUAUGAUAGAUGACGCUGAUUUGACAAACGAUUUAGAGUUCAGAUAUUCAAGAGAUUUUACCGACAAACAGAAAGAACUAGAAGACAAAUCUAAUCAACAGAAAGAAGAAUUAAAAGAUUCCUCUCCAGUAGAAGUGGAAAUACAUGUUGAAAAAGUGCUGACGAAAAACCAAAGUUUCGACGACGUCAAAAAAGAAUUAAUGGCAGACAUUCCCGAAUUAGAAGAAUUCGAAAAAGACUUAAAGAAGAACAAAAGAGAAAAUAUUAUAAGGCAUAUACCGGAAGAUAUGAAGAAGAUGGAUCUAGAAGCAAGUUCCAUUGACAGUGCUGUGUUAGAUGAUAACGUUGACGAUUUGAAAUCUAAAUAUGAGAGUUUGAAAGAAGAAAGGAAGAAGUUAGUCGCACAAAUACAUGAAAUAAAAUGUAAAAUGUCCGAGAUUCGGUCCCAAGAAGACGACAUUUUACGAGAGUUAGAGAUGGAGAAGGCUCUUAUCAAAGGUGAAUACGACUCGGAGAUAGCAAUACUUAACAUAGAGCAAAGGAAGAAGGCGGAGUUGACAGAAAACGCGCGGAAGAUAGAAGAAGAAAUCAAGCAGUUAAAAGAGAAACAAGAGAUACGUCAGAACGAGAUGAGAGAUAGAGUCGAGAUCGCUACCACAAAAGUGGAAAGGUUAGAAAAAGAUCACAGAGAAAACGCGGCAACGCUAGAAGAACUUCAAAACGCGCAAGACAUUUUGGAUAAUGAGACCAAGAUUUUCGAGGACUUAGAGUUCCAGCAUUUGGAAGAAGAGUCUGAGUUAUUGGCGAAUAGAGAAGACAUACAAAACGAGAUCAUCAACCUAACGAAGAAGAUAGAAGCACAGAAGAGCAGAAUACUAAACCUCAAGUCCGAAGCCAACAACAACUUGACCUCGGCGUUGGACGAAACGAAGGUACUCCAAGCGGAAUACGUCAGAUUACUGAACCAAGUUGAAGUCCUAACGGGAAAAGUACAAAACAUCGAAAAGGAGCUGAAACCAAUCGCCAACAAAUUGAACGACGUCGAAAGAACCCAGUCGCCGGACAGCGCGUUCUACACAGACCAGACAAGAGCGAAGUCUGGAGAAUUCGGUUAUUCCCCGCAAAGUUCAGACAGUGAUGACAUAGAUCUCAAAAUGGCCAGCUUCGAAGACCACGCGAAACAGAUCAAAGAUAAAUUCAACUCAAUAGACCAAAUGUCUCAAUCCAUGAUCGUUGAUAUCGAGCGGAGGGUUGGUGAAGUCACUAAUACCAACGAAAUCGAUAGCCGCCUAAGCGAAAGCCCGUCUAAGUCUUCUACUUCUUCUAAAGAGAAGAAAGGAUUUUGGGAGAGGAAUUUCGAUUCACUAAAGCGAAAGAGCAAGGACAAGAAACAGAAGUCACCGGAGAAAGUCGAUAUCAUGUCGCAAAGCCUAAACGAGAACAUGUUCUAUAAUAGUGAGAACAUCGAAGCGGACGUUUCGUUAGACAAAUUCAACAGCCUGAGACAUUCCAAGAAGCGGGAAAAGAAAGAGAACGGUCCGAUGAAGAGUAACUCGUCGUCCAAAAUCCCGACGUUCGCGGCGUUGGGUAAAAUAAUGAAGAAGGACUCCUUCGGUAGAAAAUCACGUGAGAACAGCAUAAAGAACGAAGAGAAUGAGAAAGAGAACGUCAAAAACCGUUACGUGAAAAACGUAAGACCUGUCACAGGUGACAACAAAUACGUCAAAGCGAAAUCUCUAUCUCCGGAUAAGGUUAAAGAUGAUAUAAAGGAAGAAACGGUAGAUGAUAUCAAGAACGAUUUAGCGAAGUCGGUGCACGUCAGUUUUGACACGACUCGAACAAACAAAGCCCCUGAUACUGCAAUAUCGAAGAAUCUGCACAGGAAGAGCUGUGGCGAUGAGCCGAACAAAAAUUCACUGGAAUUCCAAAAGAUGGCGGACACAGCGAAAAUUCCGUCGCAAGACGACAUUGAUAGGAUUUCGAAGGUGACCAUCGACGCACCGAUUCUGUCGAGCGACACUGACAUGAACUCCUUGGGGAAGAGGACCCUGGACAGCCUGAUGGAGAUCGAAAGGAAACGUAUGGAGAUGUUGGAAGAACAAGGAUGCCAAGUGAUAGAGAACGAACGCGAGAAGAUAUCAGAGCUGAAGCGGCGUGCGCAAGACGAAACGAAGAAGCUUUGGGAUCAGAAGAACCGAAUGGAGCAAGCCAAGUCGGUCGACAGCGACACCUACCAGGUGUCAGGCGAUUAUAACAACUCCAACGUCGCCGAGAACGUUGACAAGCCAAGUGACAGAACGUACGGGAACAUGGUCGACGAUAGUAUGGCGGAUGACGCGUUCAAUCUGACCAGCUCGACGAUUUACGAGGAGAGUUCGGGAUUUCUGUCAUCAUCCAUCGAGGAGUUGCAAGUACGCAACUCGCGCACCGAGUCGACCGAGGACGACAAACGGAGCGACGACAGCCGACCGCUCAGCCAUGCUUCGGAUUUCAGCCGGGACAACAUACUAUCGCUCAGCGCGGCGCCACGACGCAGCCGGCGCUGCGUGUUCGCAGAGAGCUCGCGCCCGCUCACGCGCUAUCUGCCCGUCGACACGGACGACUUCGAUCUGCGCACGCACGUCGAGUCCGCCGGUCACCAGAUUGAGCUGUGCCCCUACGUGACCAUCGAUUCCACGUCGUGUCGCGGAUACCUACACAAGCUCGGCGCCAAGUUCCACACGUGGUCCAAAAGGUGGUUCGUUUUCGACCGGGAGUCGAAAACGUUCGUGUACUACUGGGACAAGAGCGAGAAGAAGCCGCGAGGUGGCGCUUACUUCCAGGUAAUCGAAGAGGUGUACCUAGACCACGGUAAUACGUCGAAGUCUCCAAACCCGCAGACCACGUUCAUAGUAAAGACCAGGCAGCGCCGCUACUUCCUCAUGGCGCCCUCUGGUGAAGCGGCGAGGAUCUGGAUCGAUGUCGUCUUCACCGGGGCACAGGGCUACACGGAAUACCUAGAAUGA